CCCUCGCGUCAUCAGGAGGCGUGUCAAUUGGGGGCGUUUCGAUCGGGUACUGCGAGCUGCAGCUCAUUGGUCGAGUCGCUCGAACACGGAAGUAGAACAGGAUCUGUUAAAAGCUCCAACCUGUCGAGCUGUAUUUGUCAACGCGGAUUUCGGGUUGAGUUGAGAGCAGCGACAGAUUAGUUUUGUUUUAUUGGGUCUGGUUUGUUGACACGAUGAGGACGACUUUUCUUGUUCUUUCCAUAUUUCUGUGCUGCUGUUUGGUCCCAGUGGUUCCAGCAGGAAAAGCACCAGACAAGUCAAGCUCAUCAAAUAAUCCCUCUCAAGAGACAAAGGCCAUAACAGUUGACACAAAUACAUCUCUCUUAAAUGGAACAGAAACUCAAAAAAAUCAGGACGCUGGAAUACACAAAAUCACAGAGCAGGCUACUACAACACAAAGGCAGGGCGAAGGAACAACUAAGGACCAGAAUCUUGAAUCACAGCAGAAUCAGUCCGAUAAGGGGAAUAAUGGAGGGAUGGAACACAAAAACAAGACGACACCUAGCAAAGUUGAUGUGAACCAAACAUCUAAACCUUCUACAAACAUAGAUCCCAAGAAGUCUACAGUCAACAAAACAACUAAGGAUCAGAAUUCUGAAUCACAGCAGAAUCAGUCCGAUAAGGGGAAUAACGGAGGGACGGAACACAAAAACAUGACGACACCUAGCAAAGUUGAUGUGAACAAAACAUCUAAACCUUCUACAAACAUGGAGCCCAAGAAGCAUAAAACAGAAGUUAACAAAGGUGAUGAAAAUGUGGACAAUUCUAACGAGAUCAAGCAGCUAACAGUACCAACAAUUAAAGCACCUGAGGAAAAUGGACCAAAUACUGACAAGGAAAUGCAUUCAAAAAUCAGUGAGAAUUCCAACAGUCCAGGACCAAAUACUGACAAGGAAGUGCAUUCAAAAAUCAGUAAGAAUUCCAACAGUCCAGGACCUAAUGACAAAGAGAAAACAGGAGAGAACACUCUGAUUAAUGAUCAAUCCAAGGAGGACGAGAACAGUCACUUCUUCGCCUACCUUGUUUUCGGAGUUGUGUUGGUGGCAGGGCUUUACAUCGCAUUCCACAACAAGCGCAAGAUCAUCGCCUUUGUUUUAGAAGGGAAGAGAGGCAGGUCUGCACGUCGACCUAAAACUUCAGAAUAUCAGAAGCUGCAACAACAUGUGUGAUCCAAAGUUGUAACAGUACUCUCAAGCCUGGAGAGGCUGAAAAGACUACUUCUUGCAGGGGAGGACAAGUCAUGGGUGUAUACCAGAUUAAAUGAAACCUCUUGUUGUUUUUACCUUUUAGAUGUUUAUUGCAUGACUAUGCAGAGGACACUACUGCCUUAUUGGGGUAAUGAUGAGCAUGGAUUCCUUUUGCACUUCUGCUCUUUUAGGCAGUCUGGUAAUUUGGCCUAAGCUCCAAACUCAGGAUAUUUCUGUAGCAGAUUCUGUUUUGUUUUGUUUUAAUGGUACAGUAGUACAACUUGUACCUAAAGAAGCCAUUUUAGAGUAUGGUUUGUGUGUUAAAGCUUUGCACUUGACCCAACUGUUUCCUGUAAAACAGUCUUGUUGGUGUGGUUAUUAUGUAGCUGCUCCACUUCUUUGGCCGGUUAGUCCUGUUUUGCACCACUAAUGGUUUGGAAAACAGUCUGAAAUAUCAGUUGUUGUUACCUAAAGCUUUAUUAGGAAGAGGUGAUGAGCUGUUCCAAGUGCACUAUAAAGAAAAUGGAUGUUGACCACUGAUGACCACUGAUGCGUAAGAUUUAAUCCUUUUUCAGAAGUUGUACAUUUUUUUCUAUAAAUCAUAAAAAUGCAUUGAGUGCCAAAUGGUGAAAGAAAUAACUGUGAUUUAUUGUGUGGCUCUUGUAUUGUCUUUUUUUUUUCUUUCGCUGGUAGAUAAAGAAAGCUGCUUCUGUUAAAUUUAAGCUUGUUGCUUCUUAGCAGGACCCCCCCCCCCCCAAAAGUACUUUUCUAAAAAAAGAAUCUGCAAUAAAAAAAAGCAUUCUUACGGAUCUUUUUUGCUUGUAAAAUGUAUUGGAAUUGGAGAACAUUAAUAAUUGUGCACAACUAUAUAUUUCAGCUUGAUGGGAGUAUUUUUUUUAAAAUAAAUUCAAAGCCAAUCAGUUCAA